UACACUGCCGUAGUAACAAGUUUCAUUCCACGGCAUUUGGAUAAAAGAACUAUAAAGGUCCCAGUUGCUAUUUCAGGGGAGCCACCUCAGGAGCGCGUAAUUUGUCUGAAUGAUGGUUACGAUGAAGAAGAUAUGAUCAUUAACAAAGCUCAAGAAGCCAUAACCGAAUACAAAGUAAUUGCUGGCACAGGCGGAUACUCAUUACUUUGGUUGUAUCCACUUACUGGUAGAAAACAUCAAUUGAGAGUUCAUUGUGCUUCUGUGUUGAAUGCGCCAAUUUUGGGAGACGUAAAGUACCGCGACACCACCAAGAUUUUACCACAUAUCAAAAAACUGCAAUCCCAAAAUUCUAGUAGUAACUUUAAUCCUAUGCAUUUGCAUCUGAGUAAAAUUGCUAUACGGGACUGGAAACUUUUCAACGCGGUAGGAAAGGUAGUCAAGAGAAAAGAUAUAGAGGUGCAUGCGCCAUUACCUGACUACUUUCAAAAAACGACCUUGAUGAUAUUUGGAAUUGAUGCGGAUAAUGAUGAAUUUUUAGCACGAUAUGUAGUAUGA